AUGGAUUAUUGAGACGAAUACAGAAUUUUAAGAAUGGUCGGCCAAGGAGCCUAUAGCAGAGUUUACUUGGCUGAACAAAAAGAUACAGGGAUUAGAGUUGCCCUCAAAAUACUUGAGGAUAUUGAUGAUGAGGUACAUACACUUGCAAUGAUCAAAGAAGAGGUUUCUAUUAUGCAAGAACUGGAUCAUCCAAAUGUUGUUCAGAUUAUUUCUCACAACGAGCAAUCAGAAGUCAAAAUUAAUGAAGGCGAAGUAGAAACAAGGUUCUCAAUUGCAAUGCAGCUUGCUCAAUAUGAACUAUUCCAAUACUUGUUUGAAGGAGGUGAAGAGUUUAGUGAGAAAGAAGCCAGAUGGUUCUUUCAUCAAAUUUUAUCAGCGGUUGAAUCCAUGCAUUGUAAAGGAAUCAGCCAUAGAGACCUUAAGCCAGAAAAUAUUUUGCUCGAUGAUGAAUUUAAUAUAAAAAUUACUGACUUCGGGUUUGCUUCUCGGAGAACCAUGAGUGAUUCUUAUAAAGGGAGCUCUUAUUAUACUGCUCCGGAGAUACAUUAUACAGGUUCUUAUAGUACUGAAUGCGCGGAUGUAUUUUCUCUAGGAGUAAUUCUCUUCGUUCUAGUUUCAAAAAGACCUCCUUUCCGAUCUACAGAGAACCCUGAUUCUUAUUUCAAAGCUAUUAGAGCAAAUAAGAUGGAAAAUUUUUGGAAAAUGCAUUGUACAACAAGAGAGUUAAAGCUUGAUUUUUACACAAAGGAAUUCAGAGACUUGAUUACAGGAAUGUUUCAGCCCAACCCAAUUCAUAGGAUCUCACUUGCUGAUGUCAAAGCCCAUCCAUGGUUUGAAGGAGAACUCCCUACAAAUGAUGAAAUCAUUCACAGUUUAUCUUCUAGACAAGAAAUAAUUCAAGGAAGUAUGACUGGUGAAGAAGUAAAAAUAUCAGAUUCUCACCAAAGUCUUGAUGAAUUAUGAAGAGAAGUCCAUAGAGGGAUAAGUGAAGAUAAUGAAGAGGUAUCUGAAAGAGAAGUUGCUCCAUACUAUCCUGAAGCUAAAGUUGCCACUCAGUUCUUUUCUAGCUCAGAUCCAGAAGACUUGUUCACCAUUUGAGCUAACUUUUCGAAAAAUACAGCAGGGAACUUCAAAAUUUCAGACAAGGAAUAUAGCAUCUCAAUGGAGUUGAUUCCUGAAGAAGAUGAAACAGAUGAUCUUGGCACAACUGACAAAACUUCAGUUACACUGAAUAUUCUUAAGGUUCCAGACAAAAACCUUUAUUGCAUAGAAAUGAGGAAGACAGAAGGAGACUUAUUUGCUUUUAGUAGUUUAUUCAAGCUCUUGAAGGAAUAUUUUAAUGAGUGCUCCAUCUCAUUAUCCUAAAUUAGCCAACAAUUGAAUAUCAGAGUAACUUCAAACAUUAUCAGAGUGAAAGAAUUGCUG